AUGAGCAGUCGAUUCCCCGGGGACCAAGUGCAACUUGCAUGUGAAUACCGUCGACGAAAGGUGAACUGCGACAAAUUAAGCCCUUGCUCGAAUUGUGAGCGACAUGGUGUCCAAUGCAUUGCCGUCCGGCGCGCUCGCCUGCCACGAGGUCGGACGAACAAUAGGGCCACGGGGCAGACGGAUACUUCAAAAUCUGCAAUCAUGGAAAGGAUGGACAAAAUCGAGCAGCAACUCAUUCAAAUGGCCACGGUUGAUUCAACGAUUUCCGAUGACUUGCUUGUACACGAGAGAGAACCAGAUUCUGAAUUCUCCCCCCUUCGGUGUCACUCUUGUCAAUUCACUGUCGGCAAAGAGCACCCACGGUACGGAAAGUCAUACCCGGAGACAAAAUUGUCUCCUCAAAUCUGCCGACAUCUUUGCGCGAUCUAUUUGCAUAACGUGGAUCCGUUGUUCAAGAUUCUUCACCGUCCCUCCGUUCAAAAGUUUCUCUGCGAUGGUGAACGCUAUCUGGACUAUGAGCCAGAUCACCAUACUCCCGCUACACUUGCCUCCGCUAUUUUUUACUCAGCGGCUUGUUCUCUAAAUGACUCUCAAUGCGUUUCCUUGUUUAGCGAAGAAAAAAGAGUCAUAGUCGCAUUACUCCGGAAAGAGACCGAAUCAGCACUAUUUAAAGCAGACUGCACCGCUUCAAACGACUUGACAAUAUUACAAGCCUAUGUACUUUCUUUGACGUGUUUGGACGAUGUUGAGCAUCGCUCUCCGCAUGGCCCAAGCCCAUCUCUACAUUUACCCGAGCCCCCAUUUCCUAAUACUCCUUUCGACCAGGAAAUGCGCCGGCGGCUGUGGCUUGCCAUAGGACUGCUGGAUAUCUCAACCUCUCUAUCUCAUGCCUCUGAGCCAAUGAUGCAGCUGGCGUGGUUGGAAUCCCAUCCACCCUCCAAUGUAAACGAUGAUGAUAUAUGGUUUGACAUGGAAAAGCCUGUCCAAGAGGGAGAUGACACCGUGUUGUCUGACAUGUCAUUUUCUUUGAUACUUUUUGCAGCACAGAAUGUUGUCAGGUCCAUAGGGUUUUCCGGCUGGAUUGAGAUAGUCAUAGACCACUUAGUCCUGCGGCAGCGACUUGUUGAUUGCUUUCGGAAAACGGUCCCAACGCUGCUCCUUGGAUGCAGUCCCGAGAUGGAGCCAUUUCAGUGGUACGCCCGACUAACUACGCGGACCAUAAACUCUUGGUUACAGCUUAUUUCCGUUCGACCAUUGAAAAGGAGCAGGACGUUUGUCUCCCCCGCGAUUUCUGGAGACGAUGUGCUCAGGUGGGCAGCUAAAAACCUUCAAACCAUACUGGAGGGACAUAAUGAUCCUCGUGCCUCCCCUUGGCGAUGGUUCGAGUGCAUGUGGACUCCUUGGCAUGGACUCGCGGUUGCUAUGUCAGAGCUUUGCGCCUGCGAAAAUCCACUUACCAUGGCAAAGUAUUGGCCGUUGGUUGAAGGUUUCUAUUGCGAAUCGCGCACUUCUGCCAAUGGCGGUCAAAGUGACAGAGUCAGCAAGCCAAUGGAUAGACUUUUCGCCCAGGCGCGAGCUAGGAAAGAGAAAUUAUCGGAAGAUCACGGCACCCGCGGGUUGUCAACAUACUUCGCCAACGAUGUGCUUUCUGGUGAGAGUGGAUCCAGAAAACCUGAAGGUCAAUUCUUUUCUAGUCCUUCACUAGGGGUAGAUUUAAAUUCCAAUCCUGAUCAACAAAUUCCCUUUGGCAACAACAUACUGUCUUUUAGCAAUUUCCCUAUCCUGUGGCCAAAUAUCUGGGACCAGAUGGAAUUCGGUAACCCGGCACUUGACAACGAGAGAGGCAUAGCCUAUCAGAGCUACGAAGACUUUAUGCUUGGUUUUCAAAAUGAAAAAUGA